UUCUUGUCGGAGGGCAACAUUUCUGGCCUUCCCCGCCGCCUCCCCUUUAAGCGCAGGACGCCGUUACUAAGGCGGAGGGCAGGGCGCGCAAACUGAAUCCGUCCGGCGGCAACAAUCGCGGCGAGGCUUGGUUCCGCUGGGACUCUUUCGGCAACAUGGCGUUUGCUUGCUUGGAAGAUCCGACAUUGGAGAGGCACUUCAAAGGCCACCGAGAUGCAGUAACUAGUGUGGAUUUCAGUCUAAAUAAAAAACAACUAGUAAGCGGAUCUAUGGAUUCAUGUUUAAUGAUUUGGAGCAUGAAACCUCAGACGAGAGCCUAUCGCUUUGUGGGACACAAAGAUGCAGUAAUGUCUGUUCAUUUUUCACCAUCUGGUCAUCUGAUUGCUUCAGGUUCCAGAGACAAAACAGUUCGCUUGUGGGUUCCAAGUGUCAAGGGCGAAUCAACUGCGUUCAAAGCUCAUACAGGAACAGUCAGAAGUGUUCACUUUUCAAAUGAUGGUCAAUCAUUGGUUACGGCUUCAGAUGACAAAACAGUUAAAGUAUGGUCUGUCCACAGACAAAAAUUCUUGUUCUCACUCAGUCAGCAUAUCAACUGGGUUCGCUGUGCUAAGUUUUCUCCUGAUGGGAGAUUAAUUGUAUCAUCUAGUGAUGACAAAACUGUCAAGCUCUGGGAUAAAGCAAGCAGAGAAUGCGUGCACUCUUUCUGUGAACACGGAGGGUUUGUACCUCAUGUGGACUUUCACCCUAGUGGCACAUGCAUUGCUGCAGCUGGCACAGACAACACAGUGAAGGUAUGGGAUGUUAGAAUGAACAGGCUUCUCCAACAUUACCAAGAACACAGUGCUUCUGUGAAUUGCCUGUCCUUUCACUCCUCUGGAAACUACCUCAUUACUGCUUCUAAUGAUUCAACUCUAAAAAUAUUGGAUUUAUUAGAAGGGAGGCUGCUAUAUACACUUCACAGCCAUCAGGGACCAGCUACUUGUGUUUCUUUUUCAAGAACAGGAGACUUAUUUGCUUCUGGAGGGUUUGAUGAACAGGUAAUGGUAUGGAAGACAAACUUUGAUGCUGCUGAUUAUAGUGAUGUCUUAAAAACACGGAGGCCGGUUAUGAAUGUGAAUGGUGCUGAAUGCGGUGAUCCAUUGAGAACACGGAAACCCAGCAUGAACAUGAAUGGUGCUUUUAACGGCAUGAAAGCAAUUGACACUGGAAGUAGCGAGCUACAGCAGGCUGGACCCUACAAACAAGAAAAGCAGUCAGAAAUGGAUUUUGGAGAAGUUCCAGAUAGACAAAGAAUUCAAGAAACUACAGAAUCAGCCAGAAAGCAGCACGAACAAAUGGACGAGACCAGUCUUGCCAGUACCCUUCAGCAUAUUGUGGGGCAGCUUGAUGUUCUCACUCAGACUGUUUCCAUUCUAGAACAGAGGUUAACAUUAACAGAAGACAAGCUGAAGGAGUGCCUUGAGAAUCAACAAAAGAUUGCACAAAGUAAAUCCAGCUGACUCCCAGGGACUGGUGAAGCCACCAUUGUUGGGAUGCAUUUCUAGUAUUUUGUGUGAAUACAUUUUUUAAAAGGGAAAACAUUUCCAAUUUUAUUAAAAUAAAUUGUACAGCUUGUGGUAUCUGUAAAUAGAUUUUUUGGUUAAUAAUAAACUGCUUUCAUACUAAA